AUGGCUUCCCCACGCCCAUACUACAAUCAAGGUCAUCUUCCUAAUGGUGCCAACAACGCCGCGAAUAUGAGCUCGGCAGGUGGCCAAGGAUCCAAUUUUCUUCCAAACAACGGCCGUAUUGUCCAGAGUGGAGCAACACGCAUUUUGUGCGUUGCUGAUGUUCGAGGCAAUCUGAAAUCGUUGAACGACCUGGCCCAGCAAGCAAAAGCAAAUUACAUCAUCCAUACUGGCGAUUUCGGCUUUUAUGACGAAGACUCACUGCAGCGCAUUGCUGAUAAAACCCUCAAGCAUGUCGCUCAAUACUCACCAUUACUUUCCGAAAAUACAAAGCGUGUAAUACAAGCUUCUCAGCCCCAGAAUUACGAUGUCAAACAACGCUUUUCUCCUCAUGAGCUUCAGCUCUCCGAACUAUCCAUGUUCAUCGACAAGAAGCUCAAGUUGGAUGUUCCCGUCUACACAGUAUGGGGCGCUUGCGAAGACGUCCGUGUACUGGAAAAGUUUAGAUCCGGAGAGUACAAAGUGGACAAUCUGCACAUUAUUGAUGAGGCAAAUUCAAGACUUCUCGAAGUUGGCGGAGUGAAGCUGCGACUGCUUGGGCUGGGUGGCGCAGUGGUCAUGCAUAAGCUGUUCGACAACGGAGAGGGACGUACGACAAUUGCCGGAGGGCAAGGCACUAUGUGGACUACGCUGUUGCAAAUGGGAGAGCUGGUGGAUACAGCGAAUCGUGUCUAUGACCCUACAGAGACUAGAGUCUUUGUCACACAUGCUUCACCAGCACGGGAGGGCCUGCUGAACCAGCUCUCCGUCACCCUCAAAGCCGACUUCUCAGUAUCCGCUGGGCUUCAUUUCCGAUAUGGUAGCUCAUACAAUGAGUUCAGCGUCAACCCUACUCUGGACCACUACCGUGGGAAGCUUGCUGCCUCAAAAGCAUCUUUCAAUGACGUUUGGGAGACGGUCAAGAGCGAGGUAGAACCAGCUGUAUCACAAAAUGAGGCCCAAAAACAGCUACUCGACAAUGCUCUAGACAUCGUCACAAAAAUGCCUACAGUGGCAAAUGGAGGUAAUCCAUUCAGCCAAGCUCUACCUGGGCAAGGUACAGGUGGCCAGGUGGAUGAGAGUGCUUUCAAGAAUAUGUGGAACUUUAAUCUGGCUGACGCAGCGUUCGGAUACUUGGUAUUGGAGAUUGAGGCCGGAAGAAUCGGCACUGAAAUGAGAGCGCAAGGUUUCAACUUUGCACAUCGCGGUAGUGGAGGGCCAAAGCAGGGUGCCACACAACCCGUUCAAUCACCAGCUCAAGCUGGACCGACCAACGCUGUCAUGCAAGGCAUGGGACCACCCAUCAACCGUGCUCCUGUCGCCCCAUCGUCCCAGUCUAGUCAGCAAUUCAGUCAAGCUCAACAACCCGGUCAGCAACCCAGAAGUCAACAGCCACCCACGCAGCCGAAGCAGGCCCCUGCUCAACAACAACAACCGCAACCGCAGCAACAAAAUAGGGGCCCGCCGAGCCAAGCUCGUCCUUCGCCAACCCCAGCCACGCCUGCCCAAAACCAAGUGAAGCCAGCUACACCCCAACCUACGACUAGCACGACUAACGCUGCUCCUUCUGCUGUUCCAUCUGCUGCUCCUUCUGCUGCUCCUUCUGCUGCUCCAAGCUCAGAGAAGCAUGCUCCAUCAACACAACCUUCCACGCAGGCACCGGAACAGGUCAAUGGCGCAACACCGGGUUGGAAUAGCACAUCAGCCGAUCUCCCUUCUACUAGCACGCCAUCGACCAAGCCUGCCAACAAGCCAGCUUCGCCAGCUGUCGAGAAGAAGCCAAGCACAGGUUUGUUCAUCCACAACAUGGAGAGCGAGCAAGCUGUCCGCGACAUCUUCCCCGAUGAAGACAAAUCCAAGAUUCUGAAGAUUGAAAAUUAUGGCAAGACGAAUCACGUAGUUCAUUUCGCGAAUCACGAAGAUGCACUCGCAGCGUUGAAUCGUCAACCGGCAGAAUUCAAACUGAAGAACGCUCCACAAGCACAGCCAGGCCAACCCCGGAAGCCGAACAUCAAAUGGUACGAUGAUCGAGGACCAAAGCCCAAGUUCCGAGAGAACCAAGGCGGCCAAGGAGCGGGUACUUGGCAGGGAAGCAAUCGAUCAGCAUCUGGGUCUGGUCCUAGACCUGGAUACCAGAGCGAUCGCAAUGCUAGUGAUAGCGAAGGUGGUCGAGGACGUGGAGGAUUCCAAGGUCGCGGUCGUGCCCGAGGGAGCGAGCGAGGCGGUAGAGGAGGCCGUGGCGGACGAGGUGGGGGGAACAACAAGUCAGGUGGAGACGAGAACUCAACGCCAGCAGCACCGGCUGCUCAAGACUCGAAGCCCGCAACGACGCCUGCGGCUGCGGCUGCAGCCCCCUCCGGCGGUGCGUCUUGA